AUGGACAGGUUUCUGAAGGGGAAUAAAUUAGAUGUUUCUGGUUAUCUGGUGAAUAACAUGUAUACCAACUUGUCUUGUGAAAAUGUAUAUGGAAUUGGAGUAACCAAUCCUGCUUUUGAUUCGAGUUCCUAUUUAAUAGUGGGCAACCAGAAGCCCAAUGCAAAGCUGGUGAUGCAGCCUUAUAGGCAGGUAAGAAUCGGUAGUCUUCCUGAUGAUUUCUACAGUAGCCUGAUUGAUUGGUCUGGAGAGAAUGUGUUUUUCAUGGCCGAUGGAAACCUGCUUGUUCACAACUUUUGCUCAUCAAGGACAUUGCAGAUGUGUAGUCUUGGCAGUUUUGGUGUGACUUCGAUAAAGCACAACGCAUCCACGAACAGCGUGGUGCUCGGAACAUCGAUCGGCGUUGUUCUAAGCAUAGAUAUGGUAUCUUUGAAGAUAUCGAAAUAUCCAUUUCAUAAAUCCAGGGUUGGCGUGAUAGAGAUGGAUGGUACAAGCAUAAUAACGGGGAGCAGGGAUAGAAAGAUAAAGAUAACAGAUCUGCGCUCUGAAAAAGCCGUAGCAACCAUUCUGCAGCAUCGCCAGGAAGUAUGUGGCCUUGGACUAAGCAUAGACAUAAGGUUUUUGGCAUCGGGUGGAAAUGAUAAUAGACUUUAUAUUUAUGACUACCGAAAUCUUUCACAUCCAAUCAAGCAGUGCUCGAAUCACAAGGCAGCGGUGAAGGCAAUAAGCUGGUCACCGAACUUUCCAAAUCUUUUUGUUUCAGGUGGGGGCACUGCUGACAAGACCAUCAAGCUCUGGGACAUGAAUCUUGUCAACUCGAGCAAGUCGAACACAUGUCUUGUCAAGUCUAUGGACUACGGAUCACAGAUCUGCAAUAUCCGAUGGCUGAAGUCAAACAAGAUCCUAAGUACACAUGGAUACUCAAGAAACGACAUCCGCCUUUCUCAGAUGCCUUCAUUUAAGGUUGAGAAGUGUUUUGUUGGGCACAAGAAUCGAGUGAUCCACUUUUCAUGCUCAAGCAAUGAGAAGUAUUUUGCUUCAGGAUCGUGCGAUUCAAACAUAAACUUCUGGGAGUUAGGUAAUGAGAAGGAUGAUGAAAUAAAGAUUAGAUAG